UUGCCUGGGAAGUCAGAACUGGGAAUGACGUCACUGCCGAGUUGAGAGCGUUUCAGUUAUGAACUCGGAAAUCGAGAUGGCCACAUUCACCAACAUAUUGCUUUGCCUUAUCUGAAUACAAACAAAUUAUGGGAAAAUAUACACUCUUUCUGCAACCUUCAAACACGGUGAUCAGAAUGCUGCGACUUUCCGAGUCGGAAAUCCGACUUCAAGGGACGUUCCAGUUGAAAUUCCCACUAAGAACUCAGAAGGAAGAAGAAGGAAGAUAAACACAACUCAACGCGGUCAUGGAUGGUCAUGACAGCUACCAUUUAAACGAGUCUGACUUUAAAGAAGAAGCAUCUUAAUCUGUUUGGAUGGAAAAAAAAUUGAACGACUCCGUGACCAAAGCACCACAAGCUCCCUUCAAUGGGCCAAGACCGAUUCAGAAGAGCUGACUCAAAAAAGAUAGAAGGGCCUGUGGCUGGCCUGCAUCACUCACAGCUAAUGGAUGUCUUUACCCACUAUGCCUACAACGACAGUUUCUAUGACAAUGGAACAUGGGGCUUCAACGAGACGGAUCAAGAGCAGAAGCACGAGUACAAUUACUACGCCAUGCUGCUCACGCUGCUCAUCUUCGUCAUCGUGUUCGGCAACGUGCUCGUAUGCAUUGCCGUGUCGAGGGAGAAGGCUCUGCAGACCACUACCAACUACCUGAUCGUCAGUCUGGCGGUCGCUGACCUUCUGGUGGCGACGCUGGUCAUGCCCUGGGUCGUCUACUUGGAGGUCGUCGGGGAGUGGCGCUUUAGCAAGAUCCACUGUGACAUCUUUGUCACUUUAGACGUGAUGAUGUGUACAGCCAGCAUCCUCAAUCUGUGUGCCAUCAGCAUCGACCGUUACACAGCCGUCGCAAUGCCCAUGCUGUACAACACUCGCUACAGUUCUCGAAGAAGGGUGACUGUUAUGAUCUCAGUGGUGUGGGUGCUGUCUUUCGCCAUAUCCUGCCCCCUGCUGUUUGGGCUCAAUAACACAACCACGCGGGAUGCUUCACUUUGUGUGAUCGCCAAUCCCGCCUUUGUGGUGUACUCCUCCAUUGUGUCCUUCUACGUCCCCUUCAUCAUCACUCUGCUGGUUUACGUGCAAAUCUACGUGGUCCUGAGGAAGCGCAGGAAGCGAGUCAACAACAAACCCAAGCAGCGUGCGUGUCAAGCCGCCGUGCCAGACGUGGCCACUUCUCUCAAGGACAAGUGCACUCACCCUGAAGAUGUGAGGCUGUGCGCAGUGAUUGUCAAGACCAACGGGAGUUUUCCUGCCAAAAAGAAGAAAGUGCUAUUCAUCAAAGACGUGACCAACGAAGGGGAGGACAUGGAGUUAGACGACCUCAACAACAGCGGCAGCAGCCAAAAGCAGAAGCCGCGAUGCACCCUGGGAGAAACGCCGGCCACGAGCCACCAACUGCUGGUGCCCAACAAGGAGGUCAACAUCAGCCCCAACUCCUCACCCCCGACGGCUGCCGAAGAGAGCCAGAGACCCGAAAAGAACGGCGACCCCGGCAAGGAGCCUCUGGCGGAUCAGACACAGAUGGUAGCCAAAGUCUUCCAGACGCAAACGCUACCUAACGGCAAGACUCAGACGUCUUUGAAAACGAUGAGCAAGAGAAAGAUCUCCCAGCAGAAGGAGAAGAAGGCCACACAGAUGUUGGCCAUCGUUCUUGGUGUAUUCAUCAUAUGCUGGCUGCCUUUUUUCAUUACGCAUAUCUUGAACACCCACUGCACAAAAUGCAAGGUCCCCGCCGAGAUGUAUAACGCUUUUACAUGGCUGGGCUACGUCAACAGUGCCAUCAACCCCAUCAUCUACACCACCUUUAACGUGGAGUUCCGAAAAGCAUUUAUUAAGAUUUUGCACUGCUAAAAAAAUUGCGAGCGAUCGCACUGAAGGAUGAAGACCAGCUGGGAAAAUACCUCAUCCUGGAAAGGAAUACACACCGCAUGGGGUUUCGUUUCCUAAGUGACUGGAGGAAAAAAAAGACUUUAUUUUCUGAAGGUUCUUUAUGUGAAUUGAUUGAGGAGUCCUUUCGCUCUCCCAAGCUGAAUGUACACUAAGAAAUGUCUGUAACGAUGGCUUGUCUGGUGAAGACAAAUGUACCUUGUUUCUAAAACACAAACAUUGUGCUUGUCACCGUAUACUGCACACAUGGAACAAUUGGUAUUUAUUGUAUGUAUUUCAUGUUUCUAAAAUGAAAAAAAGUUA